AUGGCUCCCGUCCCGGAGGCCUAUUUCCCGUCCCUGGACAAGUGCUUCUCCGGGGACGUUCAACUUUUGUCUUGGAGAAGAGCAUUCCUUUAUGUCAAUGACCCAGAAUCACACGCCGACGAUGGUGCCAUUAUCACUGCCUUCCUCUCGCACCCAGAGUCCAUUCAGCUGCUGUCGCGCAGCGUGAACUCUUUCCCGGAGCCUUCCACUAAAUCCAAAUCCGAGUUCAAUUCGAAGACUGCCGCGAUCCACGUUGAAACAAAUGCGAAGAAAUCUUUCGAUCUCCCGGAGAUCAAGGCCGAUGCACAAUGGCUUAGCGAAAAAGCAAGGAUCGACGAAAUCACCGCUCUGCGUAUCGUCGUCCUUGAAUGGCAGAAUCGUCCUGCGACUCGCUUGACAACAACAUUCUCUAGCGAAGAGGCUACAAGCUUACAGAGCGCGGCCGGCUCGGAUAAUCUGCGAGUGUCGGUGGCUGGCCCAAACCUGGCGAGUAUCUUGAAGCAGACCGCGGGCGAGGCAGGGUCCUCCACGUUCGAUACAGAGGGAAAUAGGCGCUUACGCCUGCGCGCAUUGUAUCUGUCAGAGAGGAGCCAUCUUCUCAAGACAUUCCGCAAGCUACUCGCGCUAUCAUACCAUACGCCAACAACCGAAGCGGCCAUCAUCAGCACACCUGAGAAUGAUUUGGUUCGCUUGGGAAUCACGAUUUUCCGAGAGAAAUCCACUGGUAAUGGCCUAUACAAGCUUCUCGAAGCAUGCAUAAGCGCGGUUCAAAGUCGACUGCAAGACCUGGAAACCAAUGGCUCUUGGCUCGGAGCGGCUGAAAGUAACGGAGAGACAGAGGAUAUCUGGAGAACUACUCUCGUGGAGGAACUCGUUCACAUUCUCCAGAUCAUGUUUCACCACCUGCGUGCGUCGCAGGCUGUCCCUUGUGGAGCGCUUCUAUUAUCGUGGCUUGAACUCAUGAUUCAGUAUGAUUUCUUGGAAAGACUACAAGUCCCCUGUGAACAGCCAGUUGAAGUCUUGUUGCCUGUCCAGGCGUUCGUAUCACUCACCACCUUGGCAUUCUUGAAAGUCCCACUGGCGUUCGAGUCCAUUCUCAAAAAAAAAUUGCCCGAAACAAUUCCUUUGGGAGAACCCGCCUACUUCCUGUCGAAGGACACUAUUUCCAAAACGAACGAGAUCUUGAUGAGCGCAUGCCUUCACCCACUGAGUACGGUUCAUCCUGCUGGUUUUUCGUGGGGCUUGCUUCUCAAUACAAUGAGCGAGGUGGCCAUGAAUGACAAGAAUGCCCGAGAUAUUGAGCAGUUGAACAGUGCUGUGGAUUCUUUCAAUGCUAACAGGCCAAAUUCUGCGCAUUCCCAGGGAUCGGAAGAUUCGUUGUAUGACACACUACUAGAAUCAGCUCAAACGCCUCAAUAUGGUGGUGUGGAAACUACGAUAGCUGAGAUGACAUCCGAUAUCGUCAAGGAAUCCGUCUUCCAUCAAAUAGUUGCACUGUCCGUCAAAGCAGGCUCGAUUUCAGCCGUGGACGAUGAGUUGACUGCUCGAUGGGUGCGGUUGGAGCUUCUCGAUCUCAUCGAAAUUGCAACACAUUUCCUGGAUUACUCACCGGAGAUCAUGGAGUCGGUGCUGGGAAUCUUGACCGGCACGUCUGAUGGCCUCUCAUGGCUCCCAAUUAAAUCCCUGGGGCCUGAAAGCGAUCCUAAGACCGUCUUCGUCAACAACGAAAUCUUGAUGGACAAGAUUUUCCACAUUGCGCGGUCCCGAUUCCCCUACGAGACGGUUCCUUUCUUGAGACUCUGUCGAGCACUGGUCAGCGGCCACUUGGUGAAUGAUGAUGGCCUGCCCAGGGUUCAAGAGGAGCUGGAAAACAUGGAAACUUUCACUCAAAUUGUCCCUCCAGCAUUUCAAGGAUAUCAAACCAUUCGCGAGGAUGAAAAUGCCAACCUUGUGUCCCUCACCCGGUCCCUUCCGAUGUUCGAGGGGUCCUCGCAAAGCCAUCUUCUGCUCGAAAAUCAGACAAGCAAUGCCCUCGUCGUCAAUGGCUCGUCUGAAAUUCCAGCGGCAACUGUUGGCCAAGUAAUUUCCGAGUCGAAGCCUGCCGUCAUCAUGUGGCAACAUCAGUAUUCAUGCUUGAGCUAUCUGGGAAGCUGGCUCGAGGAUUGGAGCGAAAGUGGUGCGGUCUCCUCGGGCUGGGAUGCUGAGUCUGGUACAGAGAUCAUUGGGCUCCUGGCGGACCUCGUCGCCAGUGCGAAGGAUGUUCGCACCCAGGACUCUGCAGGCACAACUGCUAAACGGAUCCUGGAGAUGGCCAGUGACGGUCUUUCUCGGCAGGGCGAUAUCAUUUCAGUUGUCUUGGACAUCUUCGAACGGAGUCUGCAAAGCAUUGGCACUCAGGGUGAUGCUGCCAAAACCUUGGAUCCCAUCAUGGCUUGCAUGCGAUUUAUCCAAGAGGUGCUGAAGGUUCUUCCCAGCCGAGUGUGGCCCUUCUUCAGCCGCAGUAGUUUCAUUGGAUCAGAUGGAAAGGGAGGGGUCAUGUCUGGAGUCAUCUCAGCAAUGGAGAUCCCCUCUGGAGAAUAUCCGUUCCUUGUUAGUUGCGUCAAUCUGUUUGAAGCAGCUAUUGACGAUGCAGGAUCUCGUGCAGUACUCCGAAAGAGCCCCGGCAGCGUUGCUGGCAAGUCGACGAUAGUCUCCGACUGGAGUGCUGGGAUUCCCUCCCAUGUCAUGAGGAGUGUGUUGCUCAACUUCACUCGAAUAAUGAUCGAGAUUUUCAACAGCAACGGUAACUGGAGGUUCAACUUCCCGGAGCAGCGGUUCAAGAUCAACGGCAUGUUAGCUACCUCUUUUGACCGCAUUCUUUACUACGCCUACGGAAUCAAUGAUAGUCCGAAGCUCGAAUCCAAAAUCACCGGCGUGUUCUCCGCAUCAGCAGGAUAUAUCCUCGACCUGCUUCGCCCUCGAUCCACCGCUGACCUCCCUUUCAACCCGAUUCUCCGUUUAAUCUCGGACGGUCUCCAAACUCCGCCUACCCUCCACAUGCGCUAUCUCACCCUUAUUGAAAAUCAGGUCAACUCCACGUUGAACCUCUGCAUCAAGCUCAUACAGGCAGCGCGGCUUGCAGAGCAGCCUACAUCUCUGUUAGAAGAACAGUUGUUCAAGGCUACUCCGGUCCUAGUGAAGCUGUAUGCCUUGCAUGAUGCCUACCGACUGCCGGUUGUAAGGAUGCUCGAGAUUCUCAUUACCAGCGCAGCAUCGAAUCCGGACGAUGAGCCGCCGUCGCUUGUUGGUCACCUGGGCGCCGAGUCAUCUUGUCUUUUCCUUGAUGUGCUCUCUCAGCUCGAUAAGCCGCUUGCGGAUGACUCCUUGCUACUUUCAGUCUGGCGCCUGCUUGCAACUUUCGUGAGUAAGCGCCAACAGUGGCUUGCAGUUUUCAUCCUCACCGGUGCAUCACCGCGUCAGACGCUGAAGAAAUCUGAUAAGGUGGAUGGCCCAGCCAUGCGAGGUAUUCCAUUCUUGCAGAUGGCACUCGAUAAGCUCGCCAACAUUGACAAGGAAGAACCCCAAGUCGCACUAGCUUUGCUGGAGUUUGUGUCUCGUGCUCAAGAAAACUGGCCAUGGGCUACGCCCCACCUGAAGAACCACCCUCAGUUCUUCACCAGCAUCGUGAACUACGUUUCGAAACUGAAGAUCUCGUCCUUGUCCGUUACAGACCAAAUCUUCGCCACACGGAUUGCUGCUGUCGUUGCAGACAUAUCUGCUGUUUAUCUCCACUCGGCCAAGGAAUCAAGGGACUGGAGCUUCGUCAAGACCCUCAUUCCCCUCGUGCAGUGGUACGCAAAAGACGCAGUGGAUGUUUCUGCUUAUAAUUACUCUUUGCAUUCCAACUUGAAGAAGAACUUCGAGAGCCGGUACACUGGCUGCAAGAUGAUUGACUUCAAGCGGACCGCACUGUCCAGUCGCAGCCUGGGAAGCGAUUACUAUUACGAUCUUGGCAUGGGCCAAAAGUUGCUGUCCUUCGACUUUGCCUGGACUGGAGGAAGUCGGAACCAGGGGUUCUCUGAAGAGUUUGCGCGUGCCAACAUCAACCUGUCGCUGGUUGAAGCACAAGUGUCUCUUCUCAACAGCUGGAAGUUCUUCGCUAUCGAGCAUUGUGCGGAUUUCAUGCCGGAUCGCGAAAUCCAAAAAUCAAUGGCAAUCGUGGCGCAGAAUUGUCUCGAAGCUAACACCCACAGCGUGCCCCCAGAGGCCAUCUUUGAGCGAAUUCAACAAGUCCGCGUUGAUUUUGCCCAGGCCCUACUUCAGCAUCUCGUGGAGGUAGAGUCACAUGGAGCUGAGGUAUUCCGACUGCUCAAUGUUGUCUUUAAGACACUGCGUGCCCGACACCGGACGUAUGAAGAAGCACUGGUCAGCGAUGACACCGAGUACUACCGAUCACUUCUUAAUGUGCUCUUCCUGGCUCUUCAAUUCCACUUGCCGGGACCCAACCGCGCCAGCCCGGAAGCCCUCAACAAGCAGCCCAGUGUCUCGUCCGAUUUGACUGUGGUGGUCGAUAUUGUCAAGACUGUUGUAGCGCAGGGAUUCAAGUCGCUUACUACAUAUCUGCACGAACAGCCGGAAAAGUGCACGCCAAAGGACUUUGCCAUUAUCAUCGCCAUCCUUCAAACUAGCCUGCAGGUCAAAAACGCGGAUCGGUUGUAUGAACAUAUCGCGUUCCACAUCGCUGAGAACGAUAUUGCUCGCCAUGCCACCACAUUGUUCUCCUGGUCUGACCAGCUGACGGUGGCGGGCGAUCCAAUCUACGGUGAUCUCAGUAUCUCGAUCCUCGUCAAGAUGUCCACUCUUCCCCUGCUGACCGAGCAUCUGGCCGUGGAGGGUGUUUUGAUGAAACUGUCGACAUGCCGUCUGACAAACAUCCUCCGGCAACCCAAGGGCUUCGGCCCCUUCGACCCCGUUCCCCGCCUGUACACUAUCUGGACUGGCGGGUUCCUCCCUCUCUGUUUGAAUCUUCUCUACAAUGUUGUACGGGCCGCGCCAGAGGUUUCCGCCUUCCUUAACCAAUUCGAAGGUCAGCUUAACCGGGCAUCCGAGUGUUUCUCCACGCCCCACGCGACUGUGGCGACCCCGAGUCCAACAGCGCAAUGGAUCAGCCUCAGCAUGGCCUCCGAAGCCUACUCGCUUGCCCUGAUCUCGUUCAUCCUCACUCGCUUCCGCGAAGCAGGCGCCAGUGCUGGACUGGACGGACAGUCCAUUCAGGACUUGAAAUGGGACAAAGGACAGGCCAAGGAAGACAUUGAGGAGUUACUCGGCCGCCGGCCGGCGCUACGGGCGCGUAUCGUCGCUACGAAUGAGAAGGAAGUGGAAUGGUCGCGACAGAAGCCGACUGACGCGGGAUCCGGGGCCGAGAACCGGCUGGAGGAGAAGAUCGUAAACGAGCUCCGAGCCGCGGUGGCUUGUUUAGGGGGUGAGGAGGAUUCAUGA